UUUCCUCACAGCACCUGCCUUCUCUGACAACAGUCAGCCUAAACCUAUAUUCCACGGUCACAGAACAGGAUCGCUGUGCGGCUGAGAUGUGCACCGGUCACUGCUCCAGGUCUGUGGGACUGGCUCUGAUCCCUACAGCCAUCGUCUGCAUGCUGGCAAAUGCACUGCUGCUGUUUCCGGAUCUGAAGCAUCAGUACCUGACAGAGAAUCACGUGACCAGAGAGGCCAUGUGGGGCUCUGGGAUCUGGGCAUCAGGGCUCCUGGUGCUUGUGGCUGCGCGAGGCUUUACGACACACUACGAAAAGAAAAGAUGCUGUUAUUUUACAGCUGAGGUUUUGCGUAAGUUGGGCUACGCAUGUUUGGCCGUUCUGGCAGCUGGUGUGUGUUUCGUGGUGAGCGGGACGGGGCUGGCUCUGGGACCCCUCUGUUUACACAACAGCACUGACGGUCUGAAGUGGGGACGGCCAUUAAAACAAGUCAAAACUGGAGAGAAGCUUUACCUCUAUGCUCCGGAGCGGUGGUCGUCCGCCUGUGUGGAGCCUCGAGGUGUUGUGGUCUGGAAUACAGUUUUUUUCUCCGUCCUCAUGACAGCAAGUGGCCUUGAGCUCGCUUUCUGCGUUCUUCAUCUCCUCGCCGCCUUACUGGAGUUCAUGUGUGGACCGAGAUUCCGCAAGAAUAAGGUUGUUCCUGCUUGAAAAGACUCGAGGUUCUAUUAUUUUCAUCUCCAUGUGAGAGUGAGAAUGCCAUUUUUGGGUUAAACAGUCAGCUUCGACUGCUUAACUUAUUUUAAACAGAGAGGAAAAAAAUAGAAAUGGGAAGUGGAUCAGAAAAGGCAAUAUCACUGUGCCUGAAGUGUGUUACUGCACUGUCAUCACACACACGUCCAGUCUUCCUGUAGUUCAGCUGCUUGAGAGUGACACUAGUGAUGGUAAACUUUGAAUCCCAGAAACCCUUGAACAGAUUAAACACUCUGAAUAACCUACUAAACUCACACAAACUAAUAAGCUGUUUAAAUUAUUCUUUAUUGUCAUAUAUAUUCAGAAUGCACUUUAAUAUUUAUGCACUGUAUGUGUGUGUAAUUUAAUGUAUGAUGUGUGUAUGUGAUAAAAUACUGGGUUAUUUUUUAGAUGUUAUUUUAUUGUUUUAUUUCUACUAGAUUAAAAAACUAAUCGUAUGAACACUUCAUUGUGUAAAGGAAAGCAUUAUUCACUAAAUUCCACUAAACUGUGUUUAUUUAAAUGAAAUAUACAAGCAGCACACUUGUCAAGAAAAAUGAAUUUAUCCUAAUGGCCACAAG